AUGGACCCGUGGGGUGGUGAGGGUGGAGGUCGUUGGACAGAUGGUACAUACUCGGGUAUCAAGAGUAUCACUGUAAGACAUGGAGAUGUUAUCGAUGCCAUUCAGGUUGAAUAUCAUCUCAAGGGUGAAACAAAGGAUAAUGAUAUUACCGCACCUCAGCAUGGAGGCAAUGGAGGCACUGCCACUCGGAUUGAGUUGGCCGCAGAUGAAGAAUUGAUAAAAGUUGAAGGAUAUGCUGGAAAUUAUAGAGAUAUUAAUACAAUCACAUCUUUGAAAUUCACAACCAACCAGAGAGUGUCUGGUCCUUUUGGUACUGACAUUGUAAAUUAUUUUAAAUCGGAUCCGAAUGGAAAAAUUGUUGGGUUUUAUGGACAUUCUGGUAUUUACCUUGAUAGCCUCGGCAUUUAUGCACAAGUCUCGAAGUGA